AUGGCUGGGGGUGGAGACAAUAACAACAACACAACGUUUAUGAUGGUAAGAAUUGCUUUAAAAAAACAAACUGCUUAUACACGCAGGUUGGAGUAUCCGGGUGUUAGUCCAGAACUAAGCUUUCUCAAAGACAUUGGGCGUGCAGACUUCUACACAGUCACAGACCAAGAAGCUCUAGAUGCAUAUGAAAGACUCUGCAGAUUAGAAGGAAUAUUUCCAGCCUUGGAGGCCUCUCAUGCACUGGCAUUUCUGGAGAAACUUUGCCCUACCUUGCCCAAUGGCGCAAAGGUUGUAGUUAAUUGUAGCGGCCGCGGCGAUAAAGAUGCUGCAACUGUUUUCAAACAUAUACAUGACUCUCCGAUAAAUAAAGAUAAAUGUUCUUUGCAAUGAUGGAUCUAGGAGACGGGCAGGGGCAAUCCUCUUCCCCCCAAAAAGGGUUUGAAGGAUCCCCUUCAAUAGGCUAUAAAAAUAGCUUUGAGUAUAUUUACAAAUUAUUAGGUUCGCCCCAACUAUAUAUCUAGCCUUCUACAAGAAUAAAAUCCUAGAUUCGUCCUUGAAACGGGCCGGUGAAUACUAUUGGAAUUGGUUGAAGACACUAUAGUUGAUGGAGUUAAAGCUAGCUAACAUACAAACUAUUCAGAAUGGGGACCAGAAACUUGCAGCCUUUGUUACCAGCGUUACAGCUGAGUUUUGGGGUUUCCAUGAGGCUGUCAACAGGUUUCAUAAAGCUAGUUUGUGAGGCUAUCAACAAGUCAUGUAAUCCUUUCUCUCAUACAAACUCCUCUGUUUAUUAUGGUUGUACUCUACCAGCCUUUGGCUAACAUAAG